AUGUGUAAUCCUUCUAAAAGAACGAAAUUAAAUAACAAUGAAAUAAAUAAUAUUUUUAUAAAAAAUGAACAUAAUAUGAGUGUACAUAACAUUUCUAUGAAUGCAAUACUGUGUUCUUCGUUAAAUUUAGAUAGUAUAUAUAAAUAUUUUUCUAAUUGUAUAUAUAAUCCUAGAGAAUUUAAAUGCAUGAGAAUUGAUGUUCCUGUUAGUUUAAGAACCGUAAACAAGUAUGUAAAUUACAUUAAUAAUAAAAAAGAAAGAGAUGAUAAGUAUAAAUUAAAAGAUGAAAAAUAUAAACAAAUUAAAGAAAAAAAUGAAAAAAAAUUUGAUGAUAUAAAAAAUGAAAAAGUGAAAAAAGAUGAUGAUAUAGAAAAUGAAAAAGAAGAAAGUGAGGAAAAAAAAGAAAUAGUUAGUGAAAAAAUAAUAGACAAUAAUAAAAAUUACAUAAAAGAUAAUAAAAAUAUUUCGAAUGAUAAUUAUAUUCCUUUUGAUGAAACAGAAAAUAUUAAUAGUAUCAUAAAUGAAGAUAUUUCAGAUACAAAAAAUGAUAAAUCUAAUGAUAUUGUAGAAUAUUCCAUUGAAAAUAAUAAUGUAGUAAAUAAAAAGUUAAUUAUAAAUGUUUCUAUAUUUUCUAAUGGUAAAAUAAUAUGUACAGGAAAUAAUUCAAUAGAAGCUUGUAAAAUUGCUAUGAAGAAAGUUGAAAAAAAAUUAAAGCAGUUAAAUUUUAAAAAUAUAAAAUUAAAAAAAAUAACCAUUACAAAUAUUUUGGCUGUAUAUAAUAUAGGAUUCUCCAUAGUAUUACCAUUGUUUGCUCAAUAUUAUAAAAGUGUGGAUUAUGAUCCAAAUGUAUUUCCAGCUUGUAAAGUAAAAAUUGCUUUGAUAAAUGAGAAUGAAAAAAAUUGUGAUGAAAAAAACGAAGAAAAUAAUAGUCAAUAUGCAUGGUGGAAUAUAAAAAAGACUGCUGAAAAAGAAAAAAAUAAAGUUGAUGUCAUUUCAGCUAGUAUUUUUUCAACAGGUAAUAUAACUUUAACAGGAGGAAAAAGUUAUGAAAAUCUUCAAAAAUGUAUAGAUAUAUUAUUACCAUAUUUAAUCAAAAGUAAAUCGCAACAUUAA